AUGAAGAUCUUGUGGGACUUUGGAAUACAACGGAUCGUCACUUGGAACACGACACGCCAGAUGUCACAGUUGUCGAAAACCGAAACCGUGAGGAGGACGAGAAAGAAGGCCGAAAAAAGCGGCGGAAACCGGGCCGGCGGAGGUUGGCGGCGGCGAAGGCAGGCCUCCCGAGGGAAGCAACGGCCGCCCGAAGCCACAGAAGGGGAAGAAAAGCCGGCUACGGGUCGCCGGGGAAGGCGGGAGCGGAACCGGAAACGGAGGAGAGGAAGGGGCGGGGCCAGCGGGAGAGGCGGCGACAGCAGCGGCAGCGGCGGCGGCGGCGGCGGGAGCAGCGCGCGCGCCUGCCUGGAUCCUGGUCGCGAGGAGGAGGCGGCGGAGGAGGAUGUGGCGCGCGGAGGGGAAAUGGCCGCCGAAAACAAGCCGGAAGAUGAUCAUGGGAACAGCAACGGAAGUCAUGUAAAAAUCUUUUUACCGAAAAAGCUCCUUGAAUGUCUACCAAAAUGUUCCAGUUUACCAAAAGAGAGACACCGUUGGAACACAAAUGAGGUGCAGCUAAAAUCUGUAUAUUGGAUGUUUGUACAUGUCAGAAAUAGCUUUGGUGCAGCCUUACCUCAAGUAUCAAUUUGAUAAGAGCCCGAUUGUGCCCAAACUUCCAAAAACCAUGAGAUCUUGACGCAGCCGCCAUUUUGGAAUUCUUUUUAAUAAUGUGACCCUUCACCUUUGAUCCCCUGACCUGCAUUAUCUUGGUAACCAUUUCAUUUUUUAAUUUAAUUUUUCAUAUUUUUUUGUGGUUUUUUUUUUUGGUUUUUUUUUUUUUUUGGUUUGGUGUGUAAGCUUUGUAACAUUUCACCUUCUUAAAUUGUAACAUUCUUUGACUUCCCUAAAUAUAAAUAAUCUUGUUUUGCCUGUAAAUGUUGUAAAUGUGUUAGUCUCAUUUUCCUUUGAUUAAAAUUCAUUUCAAGUUUAA